AUGUCGUUCAUCGGGAAGGAAUACGCUUUUGUUAAGCAGGAGAACUUUGAGGAAUUAGUCAAUACUUUGGGUUUGACCCCUGAGCAAGCUCAGGGUUUCAUCAAUAAACACCCCAACCAGAAGCUGUCAAAAGAUGGUGACAACUACACCUUGGUGUACUUUAGAGAGGUCACCUUCAAGUCUGGAGUGGAAUUUGAGGAAGAGAUUUCGAAUCGCAAAGCCCAAACUACGUUUACUUUGGAUGGCAACACACUCACACAGGUGCAGAAAUUCGAUGAUGGGAUAGUUUUCACAACUGUCAGGGUGUUUACCGACGACGAACUUGUUGUGACCCUCUCGUACAACAAAUACGACGGCAAAGCUAUAAGAUACUAUAAAGCUAUUUAA